GACAUAGAACGUCCUCAUUUUGCUCCUGAGGCAGGCUGAUGCUGAUGAAGAUGAUGCAGCACAUUUGCCGCUCGGGGUCCGCUGCGUCACAGCAGAGCUCUGCCAUUGGCUGCCGGGGAUGCUGAAGAUGCUGCGUCGUCAUCCUCCAUCCGGCACCGUUAAUAACGUGUCCGAAGGGAAGCGCUGACUCCGAGCCGCGGCGCAGCCCCACGACACUGACGAGCACAAAUCGGCCGAGGCGCCACCGGAGCGGAUCCACCCACCACAAGACCCACCCAGUCAGCCAUCGUCCAUCGACGCAGCGUGACCAUGAGGGAGAUCGUGCACAUCCAGGCCGGACAAUGUGGCAAUCAGAUCGGUGCCAAGUUCUGGGAGGUGAUAAGCGACGAGCACGGCAUCGACCCGUCGGGCAGUUACCAAGGCGACAGUGACCUGCAACUGGAGAGGAUCAGCGUGUACUACAACGAGGCUUCAGACAGCAAAUUUGUCCCCCGGGCCAUUCUGGUGGACCUGGAGCCCGGGACCAUGGAUUCGGUUCGCUCGGGUCCAUUUGGCCAGCUGUUCAGGCCUGACAACUUUGUCUUUGGUCAAAGUGGAGCGGGAAACAACUGGGCCAAGGGUCACUACACGGAGGGAGCCGAGCUAGUGGACUCGGUUAUGGACGUAGUGAGGAAAGAGUCUGAGAACUGCGACUGCCUACAGGGCUUCCAGCUGACCCACUCGCUGGGCGGUGGCACCGGCUCCGGGAUGGGCACCCUGCUAAUCAGCAAGAUCCGCGAGGAGUACCCCGACCGCAUUAUGAACACGUUCAGCGUCAUGCCAUCGCCCAAAGUGUCCGACACGGUGGUGGAGCCGUAUAACGCCACGCUGUCCGUGCACCAACUGGUGGAAAACACGGACGAGACCUUCAGCAUUGACAACGAAGCACUCUACGACAUCUGCUUCCGCACUCUGAAGCUCACCACGCCCACCUACGGGGACCUCAACCACCUGGUGUCCGCCACCAUGAGCGGGGUCACCACGUGCCUGCGCUUCCCCGGUCAGCUCAACGCCGACCUGCGUAAACUGGCCGUCAACAUGGUGCCCUUCCCCCGCCUGCACUUCUUCAUGCCGGGUUUCGCCCCCCUCACCAGCAGGGGAAGCCAGCAGUACCGCGCCCUGUCAGUCCCCGAGCUCACGCAGCAGAUGUUCGACGCCAAGAACAUGAUGGCAGCGUGUGACCCGCGCCACGGCCGCUACUUGACCGUGGCGGCCAUCUUCCGCGGCCGCAUGUCCAUGAAGGAGGUGGACGAGCAGAUGCUGAGCGUGCAGAACAAGAACAGCAGCUACUUCGUGGAGUGGAUCCCCAACAAUGUCAAGACGGCUGUGUGCGACAUCCCACCGCGCGGGCUCAAGAUGUCGGCCACCUUCAUCGGCAACAACACGGCCAUCCAGGAGCUUUUCAGGAGAAUCUCAGAGCAGUUCACCGCCAUGUUCCGCAGGAAGGCUUUCCUGCAUUGGUACACCGGCGAGGGCAUGGACGAGAUGGAGUUCACCGAGGCCGAGAGCAACAUGAACGACUUGGUGUCCGAGUACCAACAGUACCAGGAUGCCACCGCGGAUGAGAUGGGGGAGUACGACGAAGAUGAAAUGGAGGACGAUGAUGAUGGCCGCCAUUGAGGAGGUGCUGCCUUGAGAAAUGUAAACCGACCUCUGCAGUAUACUUUUUUCUUCCCUGGGCGGUGAAUCGAUCGCCACUGGACUGCUCUGUUUGUUUUGGACGUUCCGCUUCUCAUCUGAAAAGGAUUCAUCAUUUAAUGCUAAUGUGGAAAAGCCAAUUAUUUCUGGUGCAAUUUGCCUCCAACUUGGAGCAUCAAAUUUGAGUUUUCCACACCAACUCAGACUGGUCCGUCCUCACCAAGCCUUGUUGCAUGAACUGAUGAAUCCUUCUCUGAUGCCAGGAGGUAAAACAUCUUAGACAAUCAGAGCAGUCCGGCUGCGAUCGAUUCAAUGCCACGAGCAAGAAAUGCGAUUAAUGAGAAAAUACACAAACCUGCAGAAUGAGAACAAGAACAGAUGUCAACAUAGAGCUUCUCAAUAGUACAUGUGACCCAUUCUAAACGCUGAUUAAAGCUGACAUUGCUGGUUGUGUGAUCAAAAUUUAGAUUUAGAAUUGCAAAUAAAGGCUACACAUCCA